AUGGCCUCUCCCGCUCCUCCAGCCGUCUGCUCUACGGCAGCCUAUCAACAUUUCCUUCCCCUCGCUGGCUUCCCUCCUGCUCAGGGGCUGCUGAUCGUGACUUCGCUCGUGGGGUGUGCUGCUGCAUUGGGGUCUGCGUCGGGGACGAGCCUCCAGCAACCAUCACAGUUCCUGGAACUACCACACCGGCAUCCAUAUCCGUCCCCACCGUGA